AUGUGUGAUAGAAAAGUGUCUGAUGUGGUGAAAGGAAAAAUGUACAAGACCAUAGUAAGACCAGCAAUGAUCUAUGGCAUGGAGGCGGUGGCUGUGACGAAAGCACAGGAGAAGAAAAUACAGAUAGCCGAAAUGAAGAUGCUGAGGUGGUCACUGGGGUUCACAAAGUUGGAUAAAGUAAGAAAUGAGGACAUAAGAGAAAGAGUGAAAGUUGCAGUAAUAUCGGAGAAGUUGAGAGAAAGCAGAUUGAGGUGGCUGGGACACGUAGUGAGAAGAAAUGAAGAUUAUGUAGGAAAGAGGCUUCAGCACACUCAACAGAGGAAUACAUUCAGGUCAUCCCACAGGCCGUAG